UAAAAGGGCGGAUAGAAAUUAAAAAAAAAAAGAAAGAAAGAAGAAAAGAACAGCGCCCUGCAAUCAAAUUGGCUCCCGGCGUCGUCGUUUCGUAUCCUACCCUUCUUCAACGUUCCACUUCCCAUCAGAAAUGAGGUUUGCUCUCGACCUGGCGGAACCCGACGGCCGUCAAUCUCCCGCACCUUCCCCGUCAAAUUCAACUCCUAAAGCUGAGCUCCAAUGGUUCCCACUCCAGAACCACCCGCUCUUUUCCUCCGCCACAGCUACCGCUGCCUCCACGCCCGCCGCUGCCGGAAGAAUGCCUCCGAAUCUCAUGGCCUGGGAUGGAGCUACUCGGCUUUAUUUCUGGGAUUUGAACAAGAAAUGUCUCCACCGGAUCUCAAUUCGGUUGGGCGAGCCCGACCCCACGUCCAUUCUCGCUGCUUUCCCCUCGAAGGUGAUGCAAGCAGACACACCACUGAGUUUUGAAGUCAAUAAGAUUUCCAUAAACAGAAAUGGAUCAGCUUUGCUCCUAGCUGGGUUGGAGGGCCUACGUGUA